AUGCUCGCCCGCUCUUCCCCGCUCCUCCGCCAAUCACUCGCUGGCCCACUGCGUCCAUCCCGGCUCGCCCUGCCCCUCCAUCGCACGCUCCACAGCUCCUCUCCCGCGGCAGAGUACAAGGUCACUGCCAAGCCUGCAGAAGACUCGACGUUCAGAACUCCCAACUAUGACUACAAGUUCCUGAACAAGCCUGCUACUGCUACCCUUGUCGGCUGCCCUUUUAGUGGCGGCCAAAGAAGAGCCGGCGUCGACCUCGCUCCCAACAAACUCAUCUCCGCUGGCAUCAUUGACCAACUCACCGGCCUCGGCUGGCACGUCAACUACGAAUCCCAAGACACCUUCCUCGACAUCCCCUACAAUCCCCUUCCCUCCUCUUCCACUGCUGCUACAGGUACUGAAGCUGCUCCGUCAUUGUCGGGCGAGAGGAUGGUGCAGCGGUUGCCCGACCCUGAUAUUGGGAUCAUGAAGCGACCAAGAUUGGUCAGUGCUGUGAAUGAAAAGGUGGCAAAGGCUGUGGGUGAUAUUGCCGGGCGGAAGGAGCUGCCUGUGACCCUUGGUGGUGAUCACUCUCUCGCUAUGGGGACCAUUGCUGGUACCAAGAGCCAGUACCCUGAUGCCGGCGUCAUCUGGGUUGAUGCGCAUGCGGAUAUCAACACGCCUCUCACCACCGAGUCUGGUAACCUCCACGGAUGCCCAGUUUCUUUCCUUAUGGGUCUUGAAGGCUGCGACGUUGAGCCUUUCAACAAAUGGCUCAAACCCUGCCUCAAGCCCAAAGACAUCGUAUACAUUGGUCUCCGGGACAUUGACAAUGGCGAAAAAGCGAUCCUGAAGAAACACGGCAUCAAAGCCUAUACCAUGCACCACGUCGACAAGUACGGUAUCGGCAAAGUCAUGGAGCUCGCCCUGCAACACAUCAACCCCACCGGCGAGCGUCCUAUCCAUCUGAGCUUUGACGUGGAUGCGCUGGAUCCUACUGUGGCGCCUAGUACUGGUACACCUGUGAGGGGUGGACUGUCAUUCCGAGAAGGACACUAUAUCACGGAAGUCGUUGCCGAAACGGGGUGUCUAGUGGCUGUUGAUAUCAUGGAGGUCAACCCUUCGCUGUUAGACCCGAAGAGUGUGGAAAUGACUGUUGCUGCUGGUUGUUCUUUGGCACGUGCGGCGCUCGGCGAGAGCUUGUUGUAA